AUGAAAGAACCCCGGAUUUUCCCUAGAGAGCGGCCAGCUCCUUGGACUCGUGCUCCGCUGCCACCUCGAGGACGCCUCGAAGGUUCCCUGGGACCACAGGGGGGUCCUGUUCUGAACACAGGCCACCCACUGGGCAUGAACUCAGAUCCCUUCCUUAUGGCAACUGGUUCUCUUGGUGGAAAUCUGGCCCCAUUUCCAAGGAACCCUUCUCCUUUUCCAACUUCAUCAGGCUCAUUGGCUUCAAAUCCAGCACCUUUCCCUGCUGGUACUCGUGACCCAGGCAUGGCUUCUUUUCCAAGAGGGAUGAAUCCCACUGGCACAGGUGCAGUUUCUUUCCCAAGGCCUGGUGGCCUCUUGGGCCCAGGCCCAGGGCCAGCUCUAAACCCUAGGCCAGGGGCUCUUCCAGGGCCAGGGCCUCUGUCUAAUCCAAGGUUAGGGGGUCUCCCAGGGCCAGGUCCCAUGUCUAAUCCAAGGGCAGGUGGUCUCCUGGGAACAGGUCCUGACCCCAGAAGUGGUGGCCCCAUGGGCCCUGGAUCUGGACCCAACAUGAGAGGUGUCCUGUUGACUUCUGGGAAUGGUCCUCCCAAUCCUAGGCCCAUUGGCCUGGGCCCUGGACCAAGUCCCAAUCUGAGAUCAGGCUUUGUGGGUACAAACCCUGCCCCGAGGUCAGGUAUGUUUCCAGGCCCUGGCCUUGGGACCAACCCAAGAGCAAGUGGUCUGGCUCCAGGCAUUGGGCCUAACCCAAGGGCAGGUGGCCUGGGCCCAGGCCCUAAUCUGGACACCAGAGUAGGUGGCCUCUUGGGCACAGGGUCUGGUCUUAACUUAAGAAUGGCUGGACCCCAAGGCCUAGAUCUUGCCCCCAUUCUAAGAGCAGCAGGUCUUUUAGGAGCCAAUUCAGCUUCUUUCUCCCAGGCCUCUGGAAACAUGGGUACAAGCCCCUCCUCCAUGGCAAGAAUACCUGGACCCAUGGGCCCAAGCUCGGGUCCUGGCUCUCGGGGAAUUGGCCUUCCGGGCCCAAAUCCAUCCCCCAUGUCAAGGGCUCCUGGACCCAUAGGCCCCAAUUCAGGUCAUUUUUCAAGGCCAGCUGGCCCUGUGGGAGUAAAUGCUAAUCCCUUUCCGAGGGGGACAGGUUCAGGAGGACUGAAUCCGGCUGCCUUCUCUCAGUCUUCUGGUACAUUGGCUUCAAACCCAGCCAAUUUCCAGAGGUCUGCUGGCCUUCAGGGCUCAGGUCCAGCAGUGUUCCCAAGAGCCUGUGGGCCACUAGGCCCCAACCCAACUAACUUCCCAAGGGCCACUGGCUUACAGGGUCCAAGUCCAGCUACCUUCCCAAGGUCUACUGGCCCAUUAGGCCCUGGCCAGGUUAGUUUCCCAAGGUCAGCUCCUGGGCCCCUGGGCUCUUCAGCAGGCCCUGUGGGUAUCAACCCAGCUGCUUAUGCAAGGCCAACUGGGACCCUGGGUCUAAAUCCAGCUUCCUUUCCAAGGAUGAAUGGCCCUGUAGGCAAGACUUUGGUCCCAUUUCCUAGAGUGGGGAGCCUCCCUGGCACAAACCAAGCUGCUUUCCCCAGACCAGGCGGUCCAAUGACUGCAAUGUAUCCAAAUGGAAUGUUACCCCCUUAAGCACCAUUUUCUGUCCAGGACCACCUUGGUUUCUAGGCACCAAGAUUCUGGGCAGGGAAUGUGUCAGAUAAAAGGGUAGAUACAGAGUUACAGUCUGAAAUACAUAGCUGGGGCUCAAGUUCAAAUGAGCCAUCUUUUUCCUCUCUCUCAACUGAAGGUGAAAUGUUAUUUGUGGGAUGUGGACUACAGAAGGUGGAAAUAAUCCUGAUCUUGAGAGAAAGGAACUCCAGCCUUCCAGAAACCUGCUGUGCUUUUGUCCCACAGCUUUCUGCCCCUUGUUUCUUACUAGUUUCUUGAAUUGUUCUUGUGGACUUUUCCUCAGGGAUACAUUGGCCUGCAGGUCCCAAUUCAUAUGUAGUCCCCUACUUACCACUGGAGAAUCAGCUCACUGCUCUCUAGAAAUGUUGGAUUGGUGAACAGACUAUGCUUCAGCAGCUCUGACCUAGGCAGCUUGGACCUGGUCAUCCUCUACUGCCAUACCUUUCCCUGGGGGCUUGAACACAGAACAGAGAGGUGGGCAGCCACCAGAUACAAGUUCUGCUUGGCUAAUGGCCUGCAGCUUCCUUCUGGGACUCAGAGGAGCUCAGAAUCAAGGCUCCACUGCUCAUCCAGCUCCUUCUCCACUGGUACUCCCAAUCAAAGAACCUCAAAAUCUAAACUGAUGUGGACAGGAAUACCGAAAUUGGGUGGGGGUGGGUGGGAGGGCAAAGGGGAGUAAUCACUGUGCUUUGUUCAGCUUGAUACGAGGGGAUGGUGAUUUUCCUGCAUUGUAUCUUUUCUUACUGUUUCUUUAAUAAAUGGGAUGAGAGGGCUGCUGCUGUCCUCCAUUUUGUUACCUGUACACAGGGAAGGAAGUUUACCCACUGCUUUUCAUUGUUCCAGCUUGGCUACAAUCCCAUGUUACCUUAUCUGCCAGAUAAAAUGCUUUCACUCUAGAAGGAAGCAAGCUUUGAUUUUUGGCCUGAGCUAGGACUCACUUACCUACCAGUAA